CUCUCUCUCUCUCUCAAUAAAGCAAAAAAAAAAAGAGAGAAUAAGAGGAGAAAUAAAAAGAAAGCAACCUAAAUCCUUAACCUUCAAAAACCCAGAUUUGUUACUCUCUCAUUCUUCUUCUUCUUCUCAACAUUUGAUCUUUUGAUUCUCAAAGUUAAAAAAAAAAAAACACACUUUGUUGUCUCAAGAAUCAAACAAACAAAACCCAUCUUGGGAAAAUCUCAUUUCUUUCCCAAGAAAAUAUCUCUCUUUUUAUUUUGUUACAAUUUUCCCAAAAAAGAUGAGAGAUUUGGUGUCAUGUUUCAGCGAGAACUCAAUAAACGUGACACAUCCAUUAUCAAUAUCAUCUUCAUCAUCAUCAUGUUCAAAAUACAGUACCAACAAUGUUUGUAUCUCACCAUCUCUAUUACCAUCAACACAAACCUCCAUUACAAGCAUCUACAGAAUCACUUUAUCGAAACAUCUCAUCAUCAAAGUCACAUGGUGCAAUCCACACAACAACAAUGGCUUAAGCAUCUCUGUUUCUUCCGCAGAUCAAAACCCUUCAACAACUCUCAAACUCAACACUUCUUCUCGUUUCUUCCGUAAGAAGAAAGGUAACAAAUCAGUAGACUCCGAUCUCGGUAAAAUCGAGGUUUUUUGGGAUCUUUCUUCUGCUAAAUACGAUUCAAACUUGUCUGGUCCUGAACCUAUCAAUGGCUUCUACGUUAUCGUUCUCGUUGAUGCUCAAUUGGGUCUUCUUCUAGGAGAUUCAUCUGAAGAAACCCUCCGUAAAAAGGGUUUCUCCGGCGAUAUCGGUUUCGAUUUCUCUCUUGUUUCUCGACAAGAACAUUUCACAGGGAACAACACUUUUUACUCAACUAAAGCUAGAUUCGUUGAAACAGGAGAUUCACAUGAAAUCGUCAUCAGAUGUAAUAAAGAAACAGAGGGUUUAAAACAGAGCACUCAUUACCCUGUUCUCUCUGUUUGUAUUGAUAAGAAGACAGUGAUAAAAGUGAAGAGGCUUCAAUGGAAUUUCAGAGGGAAUCAGACGAUUUUCUUGGAUGGAUUGCUUGUAGAUCUAAUGUGGGAUGUUCAUGAUUGGUUCUUUAGUAAUCAAGGAGCUUGUGGAAGAGCUGUGUUCAUGUUUAGGACAAGGAAUGGUUUAGACAGUAGCAGGCUUUGGUUAGAAGAGAAGAUGGUUAAGAAAGAUGAACAACAAGACAAGCUUGACUUCUCUCUCCUCAUUUACGCCUGUAAGACUUGAAAAACAAAAAAGAAAAAACUCAAUUUUUUUUUGUUUUGAGAUUUACAAGAAAAGGUUAUUGAUUGAUUGAUUCUGUUUUUAAUAUUUGAGAAAAAAAAAAUUAUGGGUGUUUUUUUAUUUUUUUUGAACUUACAAUUUCUUCUUGGGAGGAGUAUAGAUUUGAUUUCUUAUUACAUUCUUUUCUUUUUUUUUGAGUUGUGAUUUAGUAUUGAGAGAUUCUAAAAAUGUGAAUUUCUUCAUAGGAGUUGUUGUUUCUAAAUUUAGUUUUCUUAUUGAUUCAAGAACAUUGUCGAAUCUUAAAUUGAAAGUCAUUUGUUGGGAAAA